ACAUUUUUUGAUAUGGUUUCAAGACACUGUUGCAAUCAUCACUACCCUAGUUCUGUUAUAUGGAUGGAUACACAGUUAAAUAAACUACUUCAAGAUGAAAGUGAAGAUGAUAUACUUGCUAGAAUCCAAGAAGAAAGUCUCAGAUAUUUUAAUGAGGUUGAACUUCCCAGAAGAGCCGCCGAGCAAAAGGAAAAAGAAAAGAAUGAGGUGAUUGUUCCCAAGCAGCCAGAUGUUUUCCAACCACAACCUCAUUGUUCAAAACAGGAAGAUCAGUGUAAUGCGUCAUUCACACCUACACCAGCAACGGAUGUGUUCUACCAAGCUCCAGGUCAAGGUGCUGACGGGUUCCAUUUAGCAGCUGGCGAGACUUACGUCUACCCGACCAACUAUCCUGUGAGACAGUACCAGAAAACCAUCAUCCAUUCAGCUCUCUUCCACAACACCCUCGUCAGUCUGCCAACUGGUCUAGGAAAGACGUUCAUCGCUGCCGUAGUCAUGUACAACUUCUACCGAUGGUUUCCGCAGGGCAAGAUUGUGUUUAUGGCUCCAACGAGGCCGCUGGUGGCUCAACAGAUACGAGCAUGCCAUGAUAUCAUGGCCAUUCCCAUAAAGGACACGAUAGAAAUGACUGGUGCCAUGCAUGCCACUGACCGUCUGCAGCAUUGGAAGUCCAAGAGAGUGUUUUUCUUGACUCCGCAAGUCAUGGCCAAUGACCUACGAACCAAAGCUUGCCCCCCUGCUUGUGGAGCAGCCUUUAAAUGUGUUGUUAUUGACGAAGCUCACCGAGCCACCAAGGAGUACUCUUAUUGCCAUUCUAUUGAAUAG